UGUUACUUCUGAGCUCUUUAGCAGCAGAGAAGCACUUUGAGCAAUAAAUCAUCAAAGAACAUUUACAGUAAUAUGCUGCGAGGGGACACUGAAAGGGGAAAACAAGAAGCAUGGAGAACAAGCAUCUACCUGUCCUUAGGAAAAUCUGACUGGACCAUAGGAAACUCUACCACCUCUCAAAAAGAUACUGAAAACAGCUGCUGCCUUAAGACAUGGACUGCCAUAGUGUUGGUUCUUUUUGGAGGUCUCUUAGCUGCCUAUAGAGCUGUUGAAUAUAGGUGGAUAUUACAAUAUCAAGGAAAAAGAAUUGAAGAAAUACCAUGGAGAAAAUUUAAUGAUCAUUUGUAUUAUUUUGAAAAGAAUAAUAAAAUGAAAUGGGAGGCUGCAGCUGAGUUUUGUCAUAAACACAACGCAACAUCAACAGUAUUCAGAGAACAAACUGAAUGGGAAGGAAUCAAGGAAUUCAUUUCAAAUCACUCAGUUGGCAGCACUUGGAUUGGACUUACAAGAAAACAUAGAAAAGAGUGGCACUGGGUCCAUGAAGCCAAAAUAAAUAUAGUAAGAUAUCCACCAAGGUUUUUGCAAGACAAUGAUGGAAAUAAUUGUGCCAACAUGAUGAACAAACAGUUGUUUGCAGCACCUUGUAAAUCACAUCAUUUUUUCAUCUGUGAAAAAUAUUUGUCUGCUAGUGAUUCUGUUGUAUAAUAUGAAAAUAAUGUGCAAAU